UCAUAUGAUAUAAAGACAUGUGUUACUAGCUGGGUUUGGGGAAUUUGGAAAUUCAUGCUCAGUCCACACAUUAAAAAAUGAAAUAAAAUCUGUUUUUCUACUCCAGGUAAUUAAUUAAAGACAAGAAAAUAUCAUUAUGCAAAUGGAUAUUCCAGAUUCCAGGAAGGACUCAAGUCAACAUUCAACCAAGCAAACAAAGAUGAGAUCAUCAAGCAAAAAGAAAAAUAAGUGCAGCAAUAGUUUGAAGAUAUUUGUGGUGGCCCUGUCAUUCAGCUUUGUGUGCAAAACACUAGCAGGAGCUGUCGUGAAAAGUUCAAUCACUCAGAUAGAAAGAAGAUUUGGCACAACAUCAUCUGCAGCUGGUUUAAUUGAUGGAAGCUUUGAAAUAGGCAAUUUGCUGAUGAUUACACUGGUAAGUCAUUUCGGAACUAAGUCUCACAUAUCAAGAUUAAUUGGAACUGGGUGUUUCAUUAUGGGAGUUGGAAGUAUUUUAACUGCAUUACUUCACUUCUUCAUGGGAUAUUACAGGUUCAAUUCAGUAUUAAAUGCUAAGCCACUUGACAAUUCAACAGAAACCCAUGCGCCUUGCUCCACUGAUCUCAGUUCAGCUGACCAUAACAGAUCAUCCAUUCUAGUACAGUCAGGUUGCAAAAAUGAAUCUGGUUCAUUCAUGUGGAUAUAUGUAAUGAUGGGAAACAUGGUACGUGGGAUUGGAGAAACUCAACUUGCACCACUGGGAAUCACAUAUAUUGAUAAUUUUGCUAAAGAAGGACAAUCUACUUUUUACAUAGGGAUUAUACAUUCAAUUACAAUGGCUGGCCCAUUUAUUGGAUAUCUGCUGGGAUCUUUAUGUGCAAAACUGUAUGUGGACAUUGGAUACAUAGACCUAAGCACUAUAGCAAUUGAACCAACUGAUUCCUGCUGGGUUGGUGCUUGGUGGCUUGGCUAUCUCAUAGCAGGAAUGCAUAUUGUUUCUGGGGUGCCAUUCUUUUUCUUUCCUAAGCAUCUGAAGAAAACAAGAAGACAAAGUGUAAGUUCAACACUUCUGGAUGGAUCUAGUAGCAAUGACAAUAGAAAUCAAAAAGUGAUUUUUAGAAAUCCUGAGAAAGCAAAGAAGUCUAAAGGUUUGGCAGGUUUUUUCUACUCCUUGAAAUGUCUCCUUUGUAACAAGAUCUACCUUAGCUACUUGCUUUCAUCAACAUUGACUACUACUAGCUUUAUUGGAAGUUUUACCUAUUUUCCAAAGUAUUUAGAACAGGCAUUUGACUUAUCUGUGUCUAAAUCUAACUUUUUUGUUGGAACAAUAACAAUGCCUAGUUUAGCUGUUUCAAUUUUCUUGGGAGGAUAUAUUUCUAAAAAAUUAAAAUUGACCACAUUUGGAAUUCUCAAAUUACUUUUAAUUUCCAGAAUUUCUAAUUCACUUUUCCAAAUACCAAUUUAUUUUUUGGCCUGUGAUGAUCACCUCAUAGCUGGCUUAACAGUAACCUACAAUGGAAAUGCCCCAGAGACAUCUUCUCAAAUCACCCCAUUUUCCUCCUGCAACUCAGACUGUAACUGUAAUGCCGAUCUAUGGGAUCCUGUCUGUGGGGAUGAUGGACUCACUUACGUGUCACCCUGUUUGGCUGGAUGUAAAUCUUUAGUAGGCCAUGGAAAGGACUUGGUUUUCUAUAACUGUAGCUGUGUUGAAGUUAACAAUUUCCAGUUGAGGAAAAAUUCAGCUCAUUUGGGUGUAUGUUCAAGAAAAAAUGAUUGUUCAAGAAUUUUUAUUUAUUUUGCGAUAGUAGUAAUUUUGAAUUGCAUUUUGAUUGGAAUAGGAACUUCCUCCACUAUAAUUUUGAUUUUUAAGUUUGUUGAACCUGAUCUGAAAUCACUAUCAAUUGGUUUAUAUUCAUUUAUUAUGCGAAUAGUAGGAUUGUUAACUCCUAUCUAUCUUGGAGCAAUGAUAGAUUUAACAUGUCUAAAAUGGGAUACCAGUAAUUGUGGGGAUAAAGGAGCUUGUAGAAUAUAUGAGUCUGCUGCAUUUAGAAAUACAUUCCUGGUUAUGACUUCAGGGCUAAGAGUACCAGAUUGCUUCUUAUAUAUCUUUUUAUUCUUUGCUGUGAAGAAAGCAAAUAAAGAAAACAAUAAUGGACUUUCUAAUAACAGAAUGGAUGUGGAUGAAUCAAACUUAAAAAAGAACAAACAAUUGGUAUCCUCUGCUCAUGUGGACAGUGAAAGCUACCUUUAG